UUUGUGUCCUCCUGUAGCAAGUAAAUACGGCAUCAAGCCUGAAGACAUCCUGCUGGUCCACGAUGACCUGGACAAACCGUUCGGGAGAAUCGCCCUCAAACACGGAGGAAGUGCCAGAGGUCAUAAUGGAGUCCGCUCCUGUUUCGACUGUCUUCACACUGACGUGAUGCGCAGACUUCGGGUCGGGAUCGGCCGGCCGACAGACAGAGCCCAGGUGGUGGGUUACGUUCUGGACCGGUUCACCUCGGAGGAGAAGAAGGUCCUGGACUCUGUUCUGGUCCGGAGUGUGGACCUCCUUCUCUCCGAGCUCUCUCAGCAAGACUCCCAACAGGACUCCUCGUCACCAGCAGGGGGCAGACAAGCACAGCAGACGGAGGCGGAGCGCUCCGCUCCUCCUGCUGACAGCUCUGCUCCUCCUCAGACCUGAAACUCAGAGACCCAAAAACCUUCACUCAGACUGUUUAUUCUCUAUGACAGUGACUCAGAAUGACUCCGUUCCCAUUAUAACUCCACAAAAAACGGCAGAAAAGUUGAAAAGAAACACUGAGUUAAACUCCUCUAAAAGCAGAGCUGCAGCUGAUUCUGUUUGUUACUUCGACUGAGG